AUUAUCUUCUUCAAAUACAAAAAUAUGCUGGAAAAUUCUACUGAAGGCUCCCUCCAAAACCAGAACAUACUUGUCUAUCUAUAAUCUCUAACAGCUUCUUCAAAUACAAGAAUAUAUUUGGUAUCAAAAGAUGAGAGUCCGUUUCCAAAAUAACUUUAUUGGUUGCUAUUACCACGAUUUGAACAAAUAGAUGUUCAAUGCUAGUUGACAGAUCACCAUCUUUGGAAUACGCACUUGUAGAUAUUUCAGUUUGUUAUAGAAUUCCUGGGACAAAGAUAUUCCAGUUGAAACAAUGAUGUGGUAUACGCAGGAUGACACAGAUUGAGAGUGGUGCUCAAGCCAUGAAAAUUUUGAUUGAUACUUGUAAUUUUAUGAACUGUUAAGUAACUAUUAUAUGAAUACUUUCCUCUCUCUACGAUCAUCAGAAGAAAAUUUUAAAAACUUAACCCACACAAAAUAUAUAGGACUUGUCACGCUUAAUACCAUCACAUUAUCUCCUAUUUACUUGACUUAUCCCCCUCGAAGCCAUUAUCAAUCUGCAAACAUUUACAAAUUACAUAAGGUUUUUCUCUGGCAGCCUAAGGUCGGUAGUGUCAAAUGGAUAAUAUAAACUGACAGCAGAAAUAUAAGCUUAGUUAUCCAUACACCACAAGCAAAUCAUUACAGGAAUUAUGGAUAACUAUACAUCGGACAGCAGCGACGGAGAGUCUUGCAAUAGAAUCAUUGACCUGGCAUACUUGUUAAGGAAUCCAGAAUCGGUAGACAAAACACUGAGUGAAUAUUUUGAAAACGACUCGAAAAAAUUCCAAGACAUCGAGAGAAUCAUUUUGCAUCACAACGAAUUGAAUAUCGUUCCGCAUAAUUUAUGCAGAUUUAUAAACAUGAAAGUUUUGGACCUCAGCAACAACGGACUGACUUCCUUCCCUGACAUUUUCCGUUACUGCCAAUUGACGAAUUUGAUACUGAAAAACAACAGGCUCAGAAACGAAACGUUGUCGAAAGAUUUCACAGAAUGCUAUACGCUCAGAGAACUAAAUUUGGGCGGUAACGAUAUCGUUCAAUUUCCGGAACAAAUUUUCAGUUUCCCCAAUUUGAAGUUCCUGUAUCUGGGCGGCAAUGCCAUCAAGAACAUUUCUAAAGACGUGUGGAAACUCAAACAAUUGCAAGUUUUUUCACUAGGAGGCAAUCAAAUCACCGAAGUUCCUGUAACGGUAGGACUGUUGAAAAACUUACAGGCCUUAGUACUGUGCGAUAACGAAAUAGAAAUUCUACCGGCAAAUAUUGCUAACUUACACAAUCUAAGGUCUUUGUUGCUGCACAAAAACCGCUUGAGGACUUUACCGCCUGAGAUUAUUGCACUGAAGAACCUUUCAGAGUUAAGUUUAAGAGACAAUCCAUUGGUAGUACGUUUCGUAAGUGACAUCACCCAUCAGGCUGCAAGUCUUCUGGAGCUUUCAGCUAGAGCAUUAAAAAUGUAUAACAUCAACGUACAACCCGGUGAUAUUCCUCAGACGCUUCUCCAUUACUUGGAAUCAGCUCACACUUGCCUCAAUCCUCAUUGCGAAGGUGUUUACUUCGACAAUCGUGUGGAGCACAUAAAGUUUGUCGAUUUUUGCGGUAAAUAUCGAAUACCUUUGUUGCAAUAUUUGUGCUCGCCUAAAUGCGCCAGUACUUCGACUGAGGAAAUCGUCAGACCGCACAGAAGCUACCUGAUGAAGAAAGUACUAUUGGGUUAAAAUAAUUUAUUAUUAUAAUUAUAUUUUUCUUAUGAUAUUAUAUUUGCAAAUGUGAUAUUUAUGUAGGUAAAUUGUUAAUAGAUAAUUUGUGAGUAUAAU